AUGGCUUUAGCUGAGAAAAUCUGCAUUUUUGCCAUUCUUCUACAAGGUGUUUGCUGUAAAGAUUUCAACAUCAGUUUGCCAGAGAAGAUUCAAGCUCUCAGUGGAUCCUGUGUGAUUAUAAAGUGCAGAUUUGAGAUUAAUGAAACAUAUGAUAAAGACCUCACUGAGAAGACUCCAGUGAAUCCUCAAGUUGUGCUGUAUAAGGAUAAACAGGAGCUGCAGGAUCAGCAGGAGGUGUUGGAGGGCAGAUCUGUGAGUCUGCGCUGCUCUGCUAAAACUCUCUGCUCUUCUCCUCCAGCAACUCUCACAUGGAGCUCCACUGCCAGAAUCCCUCACAGUGAGAGCAGCAAACAACAGGAUCUCAUCGUCUCUGAUCUGAUUUUCACUGCUGCUCCGCGGCACAACAGAGUCACUUUCACCUGCUCUAUAAGCUACCAGCUGCAGGACAACAACAGAACAGCUCACAGCAGUAUCACAUUACAUGUGCAGUAUGCUCCACAAAUAUUCAGCUACUCCAGCUGUACCAGUACUAAUGUUACUGUGUGUUUCUGUGAGGUUGAUGGGAAUCCCCUUCCUGAAGUGGAGUGGCAUCUGUCUGGACAUCUCGUCUUAAACUCUUCAAACACGUUCAUCAGUGAAGAGCGAUUAAGCAACACAAGCUUGAGGAGCUUCAUUUCUCUACAGCAGUUUCUCUCACACACAAACACUCUGCUGUGUCUCAGUAAAAACUCACAUGGUUCUGCAAGUCAGCAGCUUCACAUGAAUUUUGUUUCCACAGAGGCUUCAUGUAAAUUUCUUUCAGUUAUUUAUAUAGUAUAGAGUCAAUCUAGGGCCAUAUAUAAUUGCAAAAUAAAAGAAAAUAUUGCAAACAAAAAGUAGU